AUGAAGCUCCUCCUGCUCCUCGGCUGUGUGGCUCUGGCCCAGUGCCUUGUCUCCAGGGUCCCUCUGAAGAAGUCGAAGUCCCUGCGGCAGACCCUGCGGGAGAAUGGCUUGCUGGAGAGCUACCUGGAGCAGCACCCCUACAACCCGGCCGCCAAGUUCUACAGCUCCGGCUCUGCCAGCGAGAGCAUGGAAAACUACCUGGAUGUGGAAUACUUCGGCACCAUCUCCAUCGGUACCCCAGCCCAGGAUUUCACUGUCAUCUUUGACACUGGCUCCUCCAACCUGUGGGUGCCCUCCAUCUACUGUGACAGCGAGGCCUGCACCAACCACAACCGCUUCAACCCAGAUGACUCCUCCACCUUUGUCAGCACCAAUGACAGCCUCUCCAUCACCUACGGCACUGGCAGUAUGACUGGCAUCCUCGGCUACGACACCGUCACUGUCUCGAGCAUCGAGAUCACCGACCAGAUCUUCGGGUUGUCCGAGACCGAGCCUGGCGAUUUCUUCUACUACGCUCCCUUUGAUGGCAUCCUGGGGCUGGCCUUCCCAAGCAUUUCCUCCUCUGGAGCCACCCCUGUCUUCGACAACAUGAUGUCGGAAGACCUUGUGUCCGAGGACCUCUUCUCUGUCUACCUGAGCAAGGAUGACGACAGCGGCAGCUUUGUCCUCUUCGGUGCCAUCGAUGACUCCUACACUACCAACGGCAUCGACUGGAUCUCCCUCUCUGAAGAAACCUACUGGGAGAUCACCAUGGAGAGCUUAUCCAUUGAUGGGUCGACUGUUGCCUGUGCCUCUGGCUGCCAGGCCAUCGUGGACACCGGCACCUCGCUGCUGGCCGUGCCCGAGGGUCCCCAUGACUCCCUGGGACACGUGGUCCUUCUUGGGGUGGCUGCUGACCACCACUUGCUGCUAUGUCCUCCCCUCCAGAUCAGCUGCGAUGAUGUCAGCAGUCUGCCUGAUGUCGUUGUCCACAUCGAUGGCAAAUCUUUCCCCUUGUCAGCCGAUGCCUACGUGAUACAGAGCGACGGAGUCUGCACCCUUGGCUUCGAAGGCAUGGACGUUGACACCGAGGAGGGCGUGAUCUGGAUCCUGGGAGAUGUCUUCAUCCGCGAGUACUAUGUGAUCUUCGACAGGGCCAACGACAAGAUUGGGCUAUCCCGGCUGUCCUGA